AUGACUCGUGACCGCAGAUAUCAAAUUAUUCUAACAACUCUCCCCCGCCCUCUCUGCAACAUUACCUAUUUUGUCUUCUUCUCCUUCAUCUACACCAGUUCCCUCCUGCUGAUGGUGGUCAGUGUUGACCGCUACCUGUGUGUGGCCUUCCCUGUCCCGUGCAGGCUCCGCCGCAAGCUCUUUUACGGAGUGGUGAGCAGACUGGUGGUGUGGGUCUUCAGCUCGGUCAACCUCUGCUUCAUCUACAUUGUGGUGAACCAGAACUCACCUGAUUUCUAUGCCUGCUAUGACAACUUCACCCAGGAGCAGCUGAAGGUGGUGCUUCCCAUGCGCUUGGAGCUGUGUGUGGUUCUAUACAUCGUGCCACUGCUGGCCUGUGUGUUCUGCUACCUGAACUUCAUCCUCAUCCACAAUAGGACCCCUAGCCUUCGUGCAGAGAAAAGGAAGAGAGCCAUUGGAAUGGCUAUCGGGACCCUACUGGUUUUUGUUGUCUGCUUCCUGCCCUAUAAUGUCACCCAUGUACAGGGGUUCAUCAUCCAAGACAAUGUGGAGUGGCGGCUCUACGCUCUGCACCUGACCACGGUCAACACCGUCCUGGAUUCAGUGACGUUCAACUUCUCCUCCUCCAUGUUCCAGGCCACCAUGAAGAGGAUCCUGACUGGGAAGUGA